AUGCCAUGUUUGCAGCGAUUAGCAUUGGAUCUAUGUACAGAAGAUGCACAUCUUGUUAAUGGACAGAACUUUAUUCGAAUUCUACCAUCAUCAGUGGUUGAGAUACAUUUAUUUAUUCUUUAUUACUUCACUAAAUCAAAUAUCGAAGCAGAUACUUUGCUUUCUACAUGGCCAACUUAUAUUCAAAUAACAUGUUUGCCAAAUAAAUUGCAUAAAUAUGCAGUAAUUCAUACAAUUCCUUGUGAUUUACCUUCAAUUAUGAUUCCAGCUAAAAUAGCUAAUUGCAUGUUGGUUGUUACUGUUCAAUCAACUCAACCAAUCGUCUUACAUUUACCUAAAUUGAAGUGUCUUCGUGUGAAAGGAACAUGUGAAAUAUUUCAUCUAGUUCAAGCUUCUCCUAAUCUUGAAUGUUUAAGAAUUAGUUUAAAUUGUUUCAAUAUUGCACUUAACGAUACAUCUACAUGUAAAUUAUUGCAAAACCGAAUUACAGAUCUUGAAAUUACUCGUUUUCAAGAAAUUGACGCAAUUCAAUUAGAUAUCAUAGCAGAAAAGUUUAAUCAUCUUCGUGAUCUUAGUCUAUCCUUAGACAGUUUAACGGUUUUCGUCGAUUCACUUAUUCUCAAAGUGCUUUCAUUAUGGAAAGAUAAACAUCUUCGUGGUCUUUACAUCAGAGGUUUGUUAACAGAUGAAAUGAGACAAGAUCUUCGUCAGUGGUUUAUCAAUCAUAGUCAUUUACGUCAAGAAGAUUCAUUCGUUGUUGAAUACAAGAGAAAUUGGCUUUCUAUGUGGCUUGAAUGA